AUUACUUCACAAGCGCAAGCUAGCCUGACCAACACGCCGGGGUCACAGCCAAGUGCACGUGUCCCAGCGGCGCUCAGCGGGGAAGUGAGCCGAGCGCCGCCACCUGGCCUGUCAAUCAGCACCCGGCAGCUCAACCUUCCAGGGGCAAAUUUUAACGCUCCCUGAAAAGCAUCCCGCGCGCUCACUUAUCGCACUAUACAUUUCCCAUAGCGCCAUCAUGUUAACAUGUAAUCAGGCAACACGAGAGGCCUGCCGAGGCGCUAGCGGGGCCGCUAAUGAUCGCCGGGGGACGUUUGGACCCGCCGGCCGUAAACGCGGUCAAAGGUCACGACAAUGCAGGGCAGCAGAGAUCCCCUCACAACACCUCCCACUCGGAACCGGCUGCCAUCACAGCACACCGACGGAACCAUGCCCGUGCCCAAGAAAGCAGGAAGACAACCCAACACAGCAGCGAAAGACAAGCUGCCCCCCUACGAGCCCAACAUCCCUGAACCCACCGCCAGAGCCGACUUCGUCAAACACUGGAUGCCCAUCUCCCUGGAUGACAAAACCGCACAGAAGCUGCUGUGGAUCUCAGAGGGCGGAGCCAAGGUGGCUCGCACCUCCGACGCCGUGUGUCCGUACCCCAACAGACCGGAGAGAUACGAACACUCGCCACAGGUGAGCCUGCAGAGAACGUUCACGUCUGGGCCGCCUCCGGGUGGUAAAUGUGACGCGUCCCGCCUUCAGGUCCUGUGCAAGGAGGGUCUCCUGGGCUCCCGCGGCUACUGGGAGGUGGACUUCGACGGCUGGGUGGUGAUCGGCGUGGUGGCGGAGAGCGCGCCCAGGAAGGGCCAGGACGGCCCCUGCGGCCUGGGGGAGAACAGCAGCUCCUGGGGGGUGGGCUGGUCCGGCUCCUGCUACCAGGUGUGGCACAACGGCGAGAACGUGGAUGUCAACCUGCCCCUGUGCCACACCAUGGGGGUCUACGUGGACCAGCCGGCCGGCAUCGUCAAGUUCCUGGUGGUGGAGGGCGAGGGCGACAAGGAGGUGCGGCUCAUCCACAAGUUCAAGAUCAGCGUGCAGGAGAAUCUCCUCCCCGCCAUGUGGGUGGGCACAAACUCCUUCUGCCUUAUAAGGAAGAAGGAUCAGUGACUCAUCCGAGCUGGAAGUGGGAAGAAGUGGGGAAAAGUGUACAGUUGAGGUAGAAUGACACCGAUUAUGUUUUAUUAUACUAUUGUGUAUCUAAAUGUGUUUUUUUUAGAAGUAGGCAAAGUCUUUGAACGGGUGACUUUGCGUCUUUGCUUGUCAUGGUAAUAAUCUUCGUGUGCAAAAUAAAGCCUGCCAUUGUGUAAAACUACGCCCUCCGGCGGCACCGUGUGGCAUCGCGGCGCAUUCACACCACCAGCACGUGACUCGGUUUGCUCCUUUAUUUGAAACACAAACGUACU